AUGUCGUCGAUAUUCAAAGCUUUGAAAGGGAAGGACGAUUCCAAAACGAAAAAUGGCGAGAAAACGUAUAUGAACAAGCAACGGGCGCUGGUAAUCUCGUCGAGAGGAGUGACUUACAGACAUAGGCAUUUGAUUCAAGAUUUGAACAGUCUUUUACCACAUUCGAGAAAAGAGCCCAAAUUGGACACUAAGAAGGAUUUGGGACAAUUGAACGAGAUUGCGGAACUUUACAACUGCAAUAAUAUAUUGUUUUUCGAAGCUCGUAAACAUCAGGAUUUGUAUCUAUGGAUGUCGAAACCACCUAAUGGACCCACGGUGAAAUUUUAUUUGCAAAACCUGCAUACCAUGGACGAGUUGAAUUUUACGGGUAACUGUUUGAAAGGUUCCAGACCGAUUUUGUCGUUCGAUUCCAGGUUUGAUUCAGAACCUCAAUAUCAGCUUAUCAAGGAGAUGUUCUUGCAUGCAUUUGGGGUUCCUCCACAAGCUAGGAAAAGUAAACCUUUCAUUGACCACGUUAUGUCCUUCAGCAUAGUCGACAACAAGAUUUGGGUCAGAAACUACGAGAUCUCGCAUAGUGCGCGUAACAAUGACGAAUAUGCGGAUAAAGAAGAUACUCAGGAGGAUACAUCGCUCGUGGAAAUUGGGCCCCGUUUUGUCAUGACUCCAAUUUUGGUGUUGGAAGGUUCCUUUGGUGGACCCAAGAUUUUCGAAAACAGACAGUACGUUUCACCCAACGUGGUGAGGGCUCAACUCAAACAACAAGCGGCUGCAGAGGCACGCGAAAGAGCCGAUGCAGCCGUGCAACGUAAGAUCAAGCGCCGUGAAAACGUGCUUGCCGUCGAUCCUCUGUCGAACGAAGCCGUUUUCAGGGAUUGA